AUGAUCGAGCUCGAAAUCCCGACUAUGGCUUUGAAUCCAUACGGCGGCAAGAUGGCGAGGAUUCCGUCGACGGCGACUCCGUUCCCUUACAGAGAAGGGAAUCUCUGGAAGAUUCAGUACGGUGCGAAUUGGAGAGAGGAUAGAUUAACCACCCGGUAUAUUGAACUGACGAGGAAGUUGUACCAAUUCAUGACUCCUUUCGUUUCCAAGAAUCCGAGACAGUCGUUUUUCAAUUAUCGGGAUGUUGAUUUGGGAAUCAAUUCUCACAGAGGAAGAAUCAGGAGCUAUGAAGAAGGUAAGCGUUACGGGGAGAAGUAUUUCGCCGGAAACUUCGAGAGGUUGGUGAAGAUCAAGACGAGCGUUGAUAAUGGUAAUUUCUUCAGGAACGAGCAGAGUAUUCCUGUUAAACCAUAG